GAAAGGCAGAACCUUACUUGAAUCUGCCAUUGCACUAACACAUUACUUGUUAUCUUCCCGUCAUGUUGAAUAUUUAGUUCCGCAGUGUAUUCUUUGGCACAGAUACGAUACUGAUUGACUGCAUCGGCGUCAAUACAGCGUGUACACGCGCCUCAUCUUGACUUGAUAUGGAUAACACCUCCAGCAAUAGAGGCAGCACCACCUUCCCUCAAUCCGUAUCUGACGAGAGCGCACCAGACACUUCCUUCCCAUCUACUUCAGUGGCUGCAGCUGCGCCAGAAUCAUCCACACUGGCUGUAAAGUUAUCCGAAGAUCCCGAAGGCCAAGUCCGUUCAGGGGACAAUGGCAGUAGUGAUGAUGGUCACGCCUCAUACCGCGAAGAUUUACGUCCAGCUUUGAAAGAAGGGGAACGUGAGUCUCGCGGACAGUCGCCAGCUAUUCGGCGGAGCCGAUCUGGUCGGCUAUUGCGAUCAACUGUCCAAUACGAUGAGCGGAGUAGUCGCAGUAGCAGUCCAGAUAACUCUGCCGAGCUACAAGGCUCUUAUGGGCGUCGAGCGCGAUCAUCACUCCACAAUCCGAGUGGCCAAUCGGAGGGUCAGGGUCACCCUGGUCGAUCUGAGCAGGAUUUGACAGCUCCUCGCCGUGACCCACCCGCAUCGACAGCCGAAGGAAAGCAGCGGCGUCCUUCGGAGGCCAGCGACAAUGACAAUGACAAUGACAAUGCCAACAAAGACAGCGAUAACCACAGGGUGUCUCAACAAGGCGACAGUAGCCACCAAGACGAGCAGUACGAGGAUGAGAAUCAAGACGAACUAGCAAGUGAGGAUGACCAGGAAGAUGAUGGGUAUGGGGAAGAGGGCGACGACGUUAACAACGAAGGGUCAGGGUCCAUUGAGACCAGCUCGUCUAGGAAUGAUGACGGGAGCGAACCGCUUGUGGUUUCCAUGUACGGCUCCCCCAGCUUAGUCAAGGUUCGUAGCAUGUUUAUUGACAAGCUGUUCAAGUAAGUGGCGCUUUGCAUUUUUUAUUUCAUAUGUGCGUGUGUAUGCUGAGAUGCACAUACUGCAUUUAGAGAUUACUAACCAGAAUCUACCUUUAC